AUGGAUCCAAGGGUGAUCCUUAAGGAGACCAAUGAUGCCAGUAGUCCAGCUAAGAAAAGGAAGGGGAGAGAAUCGAAAUAUAUAAAACAGGAAUUACAACAAGAAAGAACCCAGGAGGACAUUGUUGUUGUCCCAGUGAGGAAGGGCCGCAAAGGCUCAAAAUGGCAGGGAUCAGGCUUCAUCACCAAGAGAGGUGACCAGAUUUUGUCCUACACUUCAGAAAACAAGAUAACUUACAGGAAAGGAGACUGUGUAUACCUAGAGAAUGCCCGUCGGGACCAGCCCUACCUCGUUUGUGGGAUUAAAGACUUCAGACUGACUAAGCGUGAGACACUGGUGGUUGGAAUCAAGUGGUACUUUCGCCUGUCUGAGGUGCCUGAUAGUGUCUACCAACUGCUAGUUCAAGACAGACACAGUGAAAUGUGUCAGAUCAUUUGUGGGACAAGCUAUUAUGGUGUCUCAUUAAAGAAUAAUGAGACAGAAGAAAGACUGUUAUAA